UUCAGCUAUUUAUUUCUGAAAGAUUAUUUGUAUAAAUCUGCCUGAUUGACUUGUGAAGUAAAUCUUUGCAAGUUUCUAGACCCUACAAAUUUGGGAAGCCAACAUCUCCCAGGCUGAAAGAGAAAGUUUCCAGCUUUACAGAGACCUGAAUGCCAUUUGGUCAUUCACUUAUUCAUGCACUUCUUAAAUAUGUAUUAAACACUCACCAUGCAUUGCUGUAGCUACAGGGGCUAUAAAGGUAGAUAGGAAAUGGGUCCUGCCCUUAAGGAGUAUAUGUCGUUGCAGGGGAAAUUGAGAUACAGUUUGUAAGUGCUGUAAAGAGGCAGAUGCACAGCACAGUGUUGACACAAAUGUGGACUAAUCCACAAGCCAUGUUUCUUGGUCCAGUGUCUCCUUUCUGGCUUCUGUGAUCAUCUUGUUUAUCCUCCCUCUUGGUUGUAUGAGUUGGGCAAGGAGAGGUGUUAGGAGAAAAAAAAUCAGCUUUAAUGGACCUAGAGAAUUAGGACCAAGGUAGGCUCAGGGCAAAUGUUCCCUUUGAGCCUGUUCACCAUCCCUAUAAAGUGCUGGGCACAUUCUAGAAUCUUGGCAACUGAGUUGAAGCCAAGGUUCUCCGAGCUCUGACUUAAUGUGGGAAGAGAGUCACUUCUUCCCUUGAAAUCUACCUUAGCAGUGAUGUUUCUUCUCAUUGAUACAUUCAGUCCUGCCUUUUAAGUAAAUUUAUAAGCUCAGAGACUUUUUUAAUAUUUAACUAAGGACUUCAAGAAUCAGUUUUGUGUUGGGCAUGGGGCACUUAACACAAUAUGAAUUGAUAGAUAACUUAGCUAUAAAGUUUUUUGAAUUAAGUGCCAACUCUUCAGUACUGUGAGAGUGUGGUGGUAGAGUAGGUGGAAUGAAGAAGAAAAAGACUACAAAGGAAAAAGUGCUUUUUUUCCCCUUUUUGCUCACAAAGACAGAAGGAAAAGGAAAGAAAGCCAAUGAUGCUUUCUGAUGCAGCACCUGGGAAACUGAGAAUUGUUCAUGGAGAUGUCUUGACAUUUAAGGUAGAAAAGGCUUUUUCAGAAAGUCUUAAAAGACCCUGGGAAGAUGAUCCUCCAAAUGUACAUAUUAUUGGAAAUCUGCCUUUUAGUGUUUCAACUCCACUGAUUAUCAAGUGGCUUGAAAAUAUUUCCUGUAGAGAUGGACCUUUUGUUUAUGGCAGAACUCAGAUGACUUUGACUUUUCAAAAGGAAGUGGCAGAGAGACUUGCAGCCAAUACAGGAAGCAAACAGCGUAGUCGCCUCUCUGUUAUGGCUCAGUACCUCUGCAAUGUUCGACACAUCUUUACAAUUCCAGGACAAGCUUUUGUCCCCAAACCAGAGGUGGACGUGGGCGUGGUGCACUUCACUCCCUUGAUACAGCCCAAGAUAGAGCAGCCAUUCAAGCUGGUGGAAAAAGUGGUUCAGAAUGUAUUUCAGUUCCGAAGGAAAUACUGCCAUCGAGGGCUCAGAAUGUUAUUCCCUGAAGCGCAGCGCUUGGAAAGCACGGGCAGGCUGUUAGAGUUGGCAGACAUAGACCCUACUCUUCGGCCCCGCCAGCUCUCCAUCUCACACUUCAAGAGCCUCUGUGAUGUAUACAGAAAAAUGUGUGAUGAAGACCCACAACUCUUUGCAUAUAAUUUCAGAGAAGAACUCAAGCGAAGAAAAAGCAAAAAUGAAGAAAAAGAAGAGGAUGACGCAGAGAAUUACAGACUCUAGCUGCUGCCUGGGGGCGAGCAGCCUACCAGAUGUCGAUUUGCACUACGUGGAGCUUCUUAUAUAGGUACUCUUUUGUCUUGUCUUUACAGAAUGACGAUAAAAAUGCCAAUGACCAGAUGUGACUUAUUUUCCUUUUACUAUACAGCUUGGCAGAGAAAAUAAAUAUCAUCAAAUAAGAUACAGUACAAGCUUUCUUUUAAUAUAUACUGUAUAGAUAUGACGUUUGUUUAGUAUAAACAGCAUCUAUUACAAUCUUACAAAAAUGAAGUAUCUGCACAUUUUGCCCCUAAACCACAUUAAAAUAAUUUAAAUAUGCUUUAAAUAAAGCAAAAACUAACAGCUGAAAGAAAAUGCCCAGAGGAUUUAAAAAAAUGGCCCUUUGAAAACUAUUAAUCACAACUUCCCCAGCCUUACUUUUUCCACAUAACUUAAAAUAAUUAGAAUGUAAUUUUAAGGAUCCUAAAUCAUUUGAUACCUGCUCAAAGUGGAUAUAAACUAAGUAAUUUACAGAUUCUGACCAGUUUCAUCUAGGUUUCUGAUCCACAAUAAAUUAAAAUAACUUAAAUCUUUACAACCAUUUUGUGGGAAAAUGGAUACUGCACAAAACCCAGGAAUGAACAGUUUUUUUUUUUUCUUUUUUUGCAAUUUCCAUUUUACCACCAGUUUAAAAGUAAAAUGAGGAAUUUAACCCAUAUCUGGAUUGAAUCAUACUAUGAUUUUCCGUGGCUCUCUGUUUCAUAAAAACACUCCUCACUGACAACAGACGUUAAACUCUGGACACUGAAUUCUCGCUCUAGAACAGAAUUUAGGUCGAUGGUGGCAUUUUCAGACUGACUGUCAAGGGACUGGUGACGGAUCUGCGCCUUGAGCAAAGUUCCUCUGUCCCUCUUGGUGCUGUUGGCUUUUCGUUUAAUGGGGCAGAAGUGCCCCCGGACCAGUUUGGGCUGCUCUCCUCCUUUCUGACCCUCACCCGACUCCGGGCCAGGCUGCUGCUCAGCCUCGGGGUGAACGUCUGGGUCCUCGGAAAUCCUCAGUCUCUGGAACUGAAUUUCGAUGUCUUUAGUAGGGCUGCCCUGCUUCACAGUCCGAUGGUGGUCAUCAUCUUCAUCGCUCAGGAUGUCACUCUCUUUGAUGAGAUUGUCGGCAAAAUCUGCCAAGCCGGGGUGUGGGUAUUUCCCGGGAGAAGUGCUCUUGGAGUCCUGCCUGCCCUCAGCCGUGGGGCAGCCGCUGCUCUGGGUGCCGCUGCUCAAGCUGCCCUCGUCAGAGUCCAGCAAGGUUCCCUUGCCAGUCUCACCGGUCCACUCAUUGCUGGAGGAAUUCUUCAGGACUUUUAAAGACCUGGAUGAAGCUACAGUGAGAAAAACACAUUUCGCUGUGAUACAGAAACAGGUUACACAAUGUGUAAUGUUUUCCUCAAAGCUUGUGUAAGAUUUAACAUUAAGAUUUUAUUUUAUGAUAUGACUUCAGUUAGCAACUAUCCUGGUAAUUAGGCAAAAAUGUAGCUACUGAAAACAUGGACAUUUUUGACUUAGGUUUACAGUUGUAAGUUAGGCAAUUCAGCAUUUUUAGAUUACCAGAGCUCAAUUAUGUAGAUAGAACUAGACACUAGAAACUACUACAUGGGCUAAGAUUCUUAUUUUGCCAAUGAGUAAGUUGAAAAGUUAAUUGGUAAUAAAUCUAGGCUCCUUUCUUUCA